AAACCCUAAUUCUGCAUUAGGGAGAUGGCCGCCUCCCUCGUUAUGCCGUCGCCUGCGUCGUCGUCAUCGGCGGCAAUGGCUUCGUCGCGUUCGUUUCUGUUCGCUGGCGGCCACAGGAGUCUGCUCGGCGGCGGUGAAUAUGGCUCCCGUGUCUACGCUCCUAAAUGCGUUGAAUGUGAAAUGUCUGAACCCAUAAACGGGAAUGGGAAGCCGAUUAUUCCUGUUGUUAAUGAGCGGACACUGCCCAAGUUCUUGGAAUCAGCACGCUUGGCGAAAUCGGUUAACAGAAACAGUGCCAGGAUCAAAUUAUUUUCUGGCACAGCAAAUCCUGCUCUUUCCCAGGAAAUUGCUUGGUACAUGGGAUUGGAGCUUGGAAAGAUCAACAUAAAGAGGUUUGCUGAUGGUGAAGUAUAUGUUCAGCUGGGAGAGAGUGUUAGAGGGUGUGAUGUAUUCUUAUUGCAGCCAACCUGCCCUCCUGUCAAUGAGAACCUCAUGGAGCUACAAAUUGUAAUUGAUGCAUGUCGGAGGGCAUCGGCCAGAAAUGUUACGGCGGUUAUUCCAUAUUUUGGAUAUGCCCGAGCUGAUAGAAAGACUCAAGGGCGUGAAUCCAUAGCGGCCAAACUGGUUGCGAACCUCGUCACCAUUGCAGGGGCAGACCGUGUUCUUGCUUGUGACAUUCAUUCCGGGCAGUCAAUAGGUUACUUUGAUAUACCAGUGGAUCAUGUAUAUUGCGAGCAUGUUAUCCUCGAUUACCUAGCCAGCAAGGCAAUUUGUUCUGAUGAUUUGGUCGUGGUAUCCCCUGAUGUUGGGGGAGUUGCAAGAGCACGUGCUUUUGCAAAAAAACUAUCAGAUGCCCCUUUAGCCAUUAUAGACAAAAGGCGUCACGGACACAAUAUUGCUGAGGUGAUGAACUUGAUUGGCGAUGUAAAGGGAAAAGUUGCAGUGAUGGUGGAUGAUAUGAUUGACACUGCUGGGACAAUCUCAAAAGGCGCAGCCCUGUUGCAUGAAGAGGGUGCAAGGGAAGUCUAUGCAUGUUGUACCCAUGCUGUAUUUAGCCCUCCUGCAAUUGAAAGGUUAUCGAGUGGCUUGUUUCAAGAGGUUAUUGUAACAAACACAAUCCCUGUUGCAGAGAAGAAUUACUUCCCUCAGUUGACUAUCCUUUCAGUAGCAAACUUGUUGGGUGAAACCAUUUGGCGUGUUCACGAUGAUUCUUCUGUGAGUAGCAUAUUUCAGUGAAAUCAGAAUAGGAGACGAUGCCAGUAGCUCCCCAUCUUAUCUAUCAUGGUUAUAGUAUAUCAUAUUUACACAUUGUUUCCUCCUCUAUUUUCAUUAGUUCACCAACUCUCCAAGUCUUUGGGCGGUAAUAAUUAGUAAUAGAUCUGACAGUGUACUCUUUAGUCAUUUAGGUAGUUGGUUCAGUCUCACAAGUGAACAUUGCUAUCCUAUGAGAAGUUAUGAGAUUGUUCUACGAGCUAAAUAAGCACACAGCUAGCGUAUGGAAGUUCUGUAUGUUAGGAUUAAUGUAAUACUUGGAAUUUAUGGU